CAAGUAGCUAACUAGGUACAGUAAGUAAACUAACAUCUUUAUCGAUAAGAUGGAUAACAUACAUUUAUGAACUUCAGUCGCGUCGCGCGUGUCGCAAGUUGCAUGUGAAUUUAUCAAUUUAGUAUUUUAAGUCGACCACGACGCAUGGGACCAUGAGACUGACGAUGCUCCAUCAUGACGUCGCCCGCGAACUCAGAUACUGUGCUCUUGACCGAGCACUUCGGAUACCCUCCCGUUAGUCUUAUCGAUGAUAUUAUCAACAGCAUAAACAUCCUCGCCGAACGCGCUCUAAACAGCGUCGAGCAAGGCCUCCUAAAUGCGCCGCCCUCGAGUAUCGGCUUUAAGCCCCCUAAACCUACUCGCGGGAAAGGAGGAGGAGGAGGGGAUGUAGCGCAACAGCUAAACCCGGCCGAGGCGGCCAAGAACGAGAUCGAGUCCGGCACGCACCAGCUCGAGACUCUGCUGUGCGCCAGCAUUGACCGUAACUUCGACAAACUCGAGAUCUACGUUCUGCGAAACAUCUUCUGCGUACGACCCGCCGACGUCCGCAACUGGAUACGUCUUUCCCACUAUGAGGGACUCGACUUUUCUUCUAUCUCAUCCCCGUCGGCCAACAGCCCAAGCCUCGACACCAUCAACCACCUGCGGCGCAAGCUCCGCGAGAGCAUGCGGCUCAACGCCCUCCUCGAAGCUGAACGCGCGCGCAACGAGAAGCUUCUCAACGAAUUGCAAACCCUCGUCGGCCACCCCGACACGCAGAUCAAGACGGAGAAGCCCUCGGGCGCGGGUAGCCAGCAGUCGCAACAACAACAACCAAGUGAAAACGCAGCCGAACCCAACAACGGCAACGAAACUAUCAACAACAAAAAGAAGAGCCCCUUCGCCUUUCUCCACCACAAGGGCACCCUCACCGACGGCGGCUCCGAAGCCCCCCUCAGCACCACCACCGCCUUCACCCUCUCGCAGAUGCAAGCCCUGCGCGCCCUCUCCACUUCCCUCCAACGACUCGCCCCAGACCUACUCCCGCCCCCUACUCCUUCCCAUAACGACGAUGACGACGACCAAGAUACCAUGGACAUAGACUCAACAACAGCAAACCAGAACAACAACAACAGUAAGAAAAAGAAGAGCUGGAGACGCGAACGCCUCGAGUACGUCGAGGGCGCCACGAAGCGCUACCUCGAGAGCGUCGAGGGCCUCGAGCUCGGCCGCCACGGCGAGGUGCGCGACGGCGAGUGGCAGGGCGAAGGGGGCCGCAUCCCCGGCGGAGAGGUAUCACGCGUGGGGUCUUCGUUUGCGCUCUUCCCCGCAGAAGCGAGUGCUGCACCGGAGACAGGGAAAGGGGGGAAGGGUAGAGGUGCAGGUACCACCACCACCGCCGCUGUUGCUACUGCUCCUGCCGCUGCAGCGAAAGCAGCAGCAACAACAACACCCGGCCACGGGCGGUCGACGAGGUCGACGAGGUCGAUGUCGAGGGAUGUCGAGGAUCGCAUGGAUGAGUCUUGAUAACCUGCCUACCUACCUACCUGCCUACCUACUUACUUACCUACAUACCACCAAAGCCAUGUUUGUCCACCCGUCCGUCUAUCUACUUAGUUUGCUUUGCUCCUCCUACUUGAAUACCUAUAUCUCACAACACAACACAACACAACAUAACACAGGGAAGGCGUUUUUGUUUGGUGGGUGUUGUUUCC